GGGGUUCCCGUUACAUAUUCAGCAGCAGUAAAUCUUCUUCAUCUAUUUCGCUGCUCUGGUAAAGUUGUCGUCUUUGAUCUCGAAAUAAUACUUUCCGUUCACGCCCAAAUCGGAAGAAUUGUAUGUAGAAUUCUGCUGAGUAACCCCACCUUCGAAUGCUCUCAUUCUGGUCCCUGCGUUCCUGAGUUUUAGAAGUCUUUCUUUGUUUGGUAACUAGAUUUGGUUGGAGCUCAGAAAGCAUUGGAUUGGAUUGAGGAUCUUGGAGAUGUCGAGUGGAGAAGUGAUUAAGCGAGCCAAAUACAAGACUUCUGUCAAGGAUCCUGGAACUCCCGGUGUUCUCAAAAUGACUGAACAAAAGUUCCUAUUCAAUCCCAAUGAUCCCAGUUCUGUCACAAAGCUGGAUGUGGAAUUUGCACACAUCAAAGGUCAUAAACAUACUAAGGAGGGAUCAAAUAAGCCACCUUGGCUUAAUCUCACCCAUGAUCAGGGUGGAAGUUACAUAUUCGAGUUUCAAAGCUUUGCUGAUCUUCAUGUAUACCGAGAAUUUGUGGGAAAUGCCCUUGCGAAGUCUGGAGAAGCUGCAAAAGCUGCUUCUACUGCGAAAGUCACCUCCUCUACGAAAGUUGCUUCUGAGAAAUCUGCAGUUUCAUUUCCUGAUGAACAACUCAGCACGGCAGAAAUGGAGCUUCGGAUGAAUCUAUUGCGAGAAGAUAGCGAGUUGCAGAAACUUCAUAAACAAUUUGUGAUUGGUGGUGUGUUGACAGAAUCUGAGUUCUGGGCAACGAGGAAGAAACUGCUUGAUGUGGAUAACCGCGGAAAGUUAAAACAAAGGGUUGGUUUCAAAAGUACAAUGAUAUUAGAUACCAAGCCUAUGGCUGAUGGUCGGACAAACAAGGUUACAUUUAAUUUGACACCAGAGAUCAAAUACCAGAUUUUUGUUCUAAAACCAGCUGUUCACCAGGCAUUCCUUAAUCUUGUUCCCAGUAAGAUGACUGAAAAGGACUUUUGGACAAAAUAUUUUAGAGCUGAAUACCUCCAUAGUACAAAGAAUGCUAUUACAGUCGCUGCAGAGGCUGCUGAAGAUGAGGAACUGGCCAUUUUCUUGAAGGAAGACAAUAUUUUGGCAAGAGAAGCUCGUAGGAAGAUCAGACGGGUUGAUCCUACUUUAGACAUGGAAGCGGAUCUAGGGGACGAUUACACUCAUCUUCCCGACCAUGGAAUUUUCCGUGACGGUACCAAGGAAAUAAGUGAAACGCAGCAUGAGCAAUACAUGAGAACUUUGUCACAAGAUCUUAACCGACAAGGUGCUGUUGUUCUUGAAGGGAGAACUGUAGAUGUGGACUUGGAAGAUCCACGAACUGUAGCUGAAGCACUUGUGAGAUCAAGGCAAGAACUUGAUGGGGAUAAGACACAGGAGAGACUUGAUAGGCUUUCUCGGAUGACUGAUAUAGAGGAUCUUCGAGAACCUCUGGAUCAUCCUUUCGCCCCACUCUGUAUCAAGGAUCCUCGCGACUACUUUGAUGCACAACAAGCUAAUGCGCUUAAAACUUUGGAUGAUGCACGGAAUAAGAUGGAACAAACAAAGCGCAACCUCAGCAUUGAUGAAGCAUAUGGCUCUUUGAGGGAUUCGAUAUCUAAAAUAAAGACGAUGGGAUUGAGUGACCCCAUAGUCAAACCCGAAGUUGCUCUUUCGGUUCUAAAUGGAUUGACCCAGAAUAUAUCCAGCUCCAAGUUCCAACUAGGGAAGAAUUCUCGGGAGAGUAUUCUGGACGGUUUGCCUAACACAACAAAACAUGAGCUUAUGCACCAUUGGAUGUCCAUACAGGAAUUACUGAGACAUUUCUGGUCUUCAUAUCCUAUUACUACAACAUCUCUUCACACAAAGGUGAGCAGAUUAAAGGAUGCCAUGUCACAAACUUACCGGCAGCUUGAGGAAAUAAAGGAAUCCGUGCAAUCCGACUUUCGGCAUAAGGUUUCCCUUCUAGUUCGGCCAAUGCAUCAGGCCCUGGAUGCUGCUUUUCAACAUUACGAUGCAGACCAACAGAAGAGAUCGUCAAAAGGAGAGCCGCUGAAUGGAUUUGUGUAGGAUUCUUAGGUUAUUAAGUUGGAUUGCCAAUGUCAAAACCAAUUUUGAUGUGAGCUCCUAAUGCUAUUAUAUGUAGAUGGGUUUUCCAUUUUUGCCCCAUCAGCGGAAGGAAUGAGACAGUCAUACGCGCAUGCCUGCUUUCUCUCACAGGCAGGCGCGCCCGUGGUGCGCGACCCCUUGUUGUAAAACUGUGCUUUCUGGUAUUAAAGAGUGAAAAAAGUGAGAAGCCAUUAUUGGUUAAAGAGUACUACUACACAUCUUGAUUUGGUGUACUUUCUGCCCCUUUUUUUGUUCUCAUAGAAUCAUUUUGGAGUAACGGAGACAAUUGUACUUUCGUCAUUACAUAUUGCAUAGUUUCGAACUA